AUGUCAAUUGCUAGUGAUAACAACAGCACACAAAUGUGUUCCUUUACAGGAGCACCAGAGCUUCCACCAUGUCCAACAACACCAGAACCAAUAAAUGAAGAAAUAAACCCAAAGAAGAAUAAAAUGAAUAAUAAAGAAAAGAUUACACAUUUUAUUAAAAGACAAAUGAAUGAUAAUGCAAUUGAAUUAAUGAUUGACAUACUUGAAGAAAAUGAGAGAUUAAGAAAAGAAUUAGAAAGAAAUCGAAUGUUAUUAAUUAAUGAGAAUCGAAUGAAUGAAGAGAUUAGAAAUGGAGUUUUAAAAGAAAGAGUUAAUCUUCUUUCUGCUAUUCAAUGGGAAUAG